CUGGGUUUGUAUUUUCAGCAUGAACACGCAGUCUUCAGGCCACAAGACUGCCGUCGACCAUGGCGUCCAAAUCCGAUUCAUCGACAACAUUGGAGACGGUGGGAGGCACCCUGCGCCCCAGCCCAGGAACAAGCCUCCGAGCUCCUCCAAAUACGGGGUAGCAGUCAGGGUGCAGGGAAUUGCCGGCCAGCCCUAUGUGGUCCUGAAAGAUGGCCAGAAGGGAGAUUCGUACGGGGUCCAGCUCAGGACGGACUAUGGACCUGACUACCGUAGUCUUCCUCGGAGAACAGUCAAGCCAGGGCUGGGAGUGGAGGAAACAUAUGGAGAAACAGGAGAAGGGGGAGGCCAGGGAGGGGUUUUGCGCCGCGCUCAAUCCCACGGAUCACUGCUAGACAGAGAUGGAGUGCCUGCCAUCGAGGAUUUUGAGCUGUCUAGACCCCCUGGGGAUGGGAAGUCUGGUAGCUAUGGGAAUCUGGACGGAGGAAUUGGAGUGAGGGGUAACAACGAAGAGACGUGGGCUGCGAGUGGCAGAGAAGGGCCUGUGGAAAGAAGAAUGUGGGGAGGCUCUUACCAAGCUACCAACCUCAGCAGGUCACAGGAGUCCCUUAGGGACAGUCAGCUGAACCCGUACCCACCCCAAAAAGUACAUGAGUUUCAAGUAAAUCAGAGACAGAGUGCUUUCAGCAGGCUGAAAAACAGGUUUGAUGGUGGAGCACCUGCUAGCCAGCAGAGUGGACUCCCUCCUGUACUUCAGCCUCCACGAGCUACAUCUCCUUACACCAGCCAAAGCCCCUACACCUCUCCUCCGUCCUCCACUAACAGCAGCUUGGGUCGCAACCAAGGCUCUGUAGUUGCGUCCCGCUCCAGCAGCCAGUGGUCUUCAAAAGAGCGUCUGCAGGUGGACCUACCUGACACACGGGCGACCCCUGACCUUUUGCUGGACCAGGUUCAGAGUGCUGAGAUGAGCAGUGAGGAGGAGCAGCUCAUGAAGAACCUCUACAGCAUCUUAAAACAAGGAUCCAACGAGAGAGAUGUUGUCAUCAGACAGAAAGUUGAAGCAAUUUAUCUGAAUCUCCAGAGCCUAAAGCCUAAAGAAAGCCCUCAUGAAGAGUGGAUGAGAGCAAAAAGGGAGCUGGAGACAAAGGUGGCUGAACUGCAAACUGCCCUACAGGAAGAAAGAAGGGAGUCUGCGCGUAAUUCCGAUCCUGCUCUGAAAGGUGAGCUGGAAUCCUGUCUGGAUGAAAAUCUGCAUCUCCAGGAGCUGCUGAGCAGGAAGAAUACAGAGCUGAAUGAAACCCAAUCAGAACUGACUCAGCUUCGGAUGGACAGGGAUGGCGCCGAAAAACAUAUACGAGAUAUGGAGGACCAGCUGGCUGAGCUCCAGGAGGAGCUGAGGAGGGAGAACGGCUCAAAGACGCAGGACCUGAUGUCUUGUCAAACUCAACUGAUGGAGGUUUGUCAGCUGAAACAGAAGCUGGAGGACGCGCUAAGACAGCGGGAGCGCGAGCUCACAGCUUUGAAAGGAGCUCUGAAGGAUGAGGUGGCGUCGCAUGAUCGAGAGAUGGAGGCGCUUCGACAGCAGUACGGCGCCGACAUGGAGAAGCUCCGCAGCAACAUGGAGCAGGUGUCUCAGUCUCAAGCAGGAAUUGAGGCUGAGCGGCUGCGGGUCAACACAUCGGUUCGUUCCCUGCAGAAGCAGCUGGAGGACUGCAGAGAUGAAAGCAGCCACUGGAUGGAGCAGUUUCAUGCCACGAGAGAUGAGCUUCGGUCUGCUAAACAAGAAGAGCUUCCCAGCCACCCUGAACCACAACUCCUGCAAACUCGUCUGGAAAAAGACGAGCUUGAAGAUGAGUUGAAGGAACUUAAGGAUAAAUUGAGCAUGAUGAAACAACAGACACCAGAUCCCAAACACACAGAGAUCCUCAGCCAGCGAUCUAGCGGUGAUCUGCAGAAGGUCAAGUCGGAGCUGGAGAAGCAGAGGGUCAACUUUGACAAGAAGGUGAUGGAAGUGAUCUCUUUGAAGAAGUCUCACCAGAACCAGGAGGCGGAACUGAGAUAUGAGAUCGACAGGCUGAAGGAGCAGCUACAGAGAGCCAAGGAAGACAUUGCAAAGGCACAAGAGAAGAACAAGAAGCUCCCAAAUCCAGCUACUGUGUCAGACCUCGAGCAGAAGCUUGGCGAGGCACAAAGAGAGGCAAGUCGACUCAAAGAAAAGCUCUCUGAAACGGAACAGGAGCUGGAGACCAUAAAAUCCCACCUGAACAGAGCUCAGGCAGACGUGGACUCUCUCAGAGAAACCCAGAGUGACCAAGAGGCAACUAACAGUCGACUCAAAGAAAAGCUCUCCCGAUUAGAGGCUCAGCUGCAGAGCAGCGCAGCAGAGAGCUCAGAGGCAGAACUCUCCCUCCAUGCGGAGAUGAGAGGCCUGAGAUCUGAGCUGGAUGAGGCUAAAAGAAGACUUUCCAAACUUAACCAGGAGCGUCAGGAACUAAGUCUGCGUCUGGAAAACUCAGAGAGGGACAAGGAGGCACUUAAACAGACAGUCAGCCAGUUGGAAGACACCAAAAGCCAACUGGGGAAAGCUCUGGACAAACUCAACAAAGAUUACGAGUCUCUCAAACUGUCCUCGAAGGAGGAGGUGCACGCCCUCAGUGCUCAGCUGGAGGAGCAAAGAGAGCGAGCACGCAAGGAGAUGCAGGAUGCUCAACGCCACGGAAAAGAUGCGCAAUCUGAGCUGGAAAAGCAUCAUGCCAACCUGAAGAGACUGGAAGAAGAAAUGUUGCGUCAGAAGAAGGAGCUCCAGCUUGCUUGUGAGGAGAGAGACAACCAUCAGCUGGAUAAAGAACUGCUCUCCAACAGACUGCGCCACCUUGAGGGAGAGUUAGAGGCCAGCAAAAACAGCCACAACGAGAAAGCACGCGAGGUCCGCAUCCUGGAGGACAAACUAAAAUGCAUGGAGUUGGAGUGUGAGGAGGAGAAGAGCACAGUGGAGAUGCUGACGGAGCGCGUGUCCCGCAGCAGAGACCAGAUCGACCAGCUGCGCUCUGAGCUCAUGCAGGAGCGCUCCUCUAAGCAGGACCUGGAGCUGGAUAAAAACGGCAUGGAGAGACAGCUGAAAGAGCUGAGAAGUCGCGUGGCUGAGAUGGAGGGCCAGUCUCGCUCCUCAGCAGGAGUCUCCCAGCUGGAGAACAAGAUCCAGGAGCUGGAAGAACGCUUGCGCUUCGAAGAAAGAGAGAAGAACUCUGUGUUGGCGUCUCAACGGCGUUCAGAGAGGAAGCUUAAAGAACUUAACAUGACAUUGGAUGAAGAGAGACACGCACACACUGAGCAGAGAGACCAGCUCGCUUUGAAAGUGAAGGCUCUAAAGAGGCAGGUGGAUGAGAGUGAAACAGAGCUGGAGAGGAUUGAAGGGCUGAGAAGGAAAGCUCAGAGAGACAUGGAGGAACAGAUGGAGCUCAAAGAGAGCUUGCAGGCCAGAGUCACAGCUCUGGAAACGGAGCUCAAGAGGAAAACCCAGGCAGCCAUGCGGCAAGCUUUGGACUCAUCAGCUCUCAGCUCAGACGAUGACGACAGCCUGUACGACCACUCCACCAUCACCUCCAUCCUCACUGAGGGCAACCUCCAGACCAGCUCCUGCUAAUGCAGCAAUGCAUGAGCAGCUGGAAACGGAUGAUGAAGGAAACUGCCAAACAUAUAUAUUUAUUUAAAAAAAAACUGGUUGGGGGUGUAAACAGGCUGGGUGGAAAGUCUGGAUUCCGAACAGCAUGGUGUGGCAGAGGUCAAUGGGACCUGGGAAAUAACCUGUUGUGGGGGUUAACAGGAGUGAUUUUCCACAGCAGAGAAGAUGUAAGGAAACAAAACAUCCUGGGAGUUUGAGGGGAAAUUCUUUCAGUCCAGCUCUUGUAGCUCGUAAGGUACUCUGUCAAAGAAAAGCUUAGCAAACAGGCAGAGCCACUGACUGAAGUGAAAAGAUUAGAAAAAUAAAGCCCUAAUGGGGGAUCGAGGGUACUUAAGUACUUUAGCACAUUUUAUGGUACAAAGCGCUGUGGUUAAACUUCAUUAAGCUCACCAGGACAUGCCUCCUUGUGCUUUUUGUACUGUUUUAGAACAGAGCUGCCAUGUAAAACCAUUGGAGGACACAGAAAAAUACACCACACUAUAUUUCUGAAGCGGCUGUAAGACUUUGAAUGGUCAUAUACCUAUUCUAAAAUGUUUGUUGCCACUGAUCUGUAAAGGUUGAUGGCCCUCUGUUGCAUGAUAAUAAGCUCAUAGACUUAAACAAGGCGGUGCUACAUUUUUUAGGGUGAUGACACAAAAAAGUUAAACCAGCAGUUCUGCAAAAUAUAAAUAGAAGCAAAUGAGAGUAAUGUCGAACAAAACUAAGGUGUGGAAGUUUUGGGUCAGGUCUGGAUGAAAAGCAUGAUGAAAAUUACUCACCCAGCGCAAAAAAGGAAAGGUGUCAUGAAGUCCAGUCCUUGACUCAAGUGACUGAAUAAUGCUAACAAUGUUGCACGUAAUUCUGUCUUCUACAAAAACAAUGUUCACACGAGAAAAAUUCACAGUGUUGUAUUUAAAUGAAUUUAGAUUUUGAUCACUUGAAACAAAAAGUGCAUUAUGGUAUAUUUUUGCUAGUUUGGGUCAAGUAUUUGUGUCCCACAAUGGAUGAAUCCUACAAUAUGAGUGAGUUUAUAAAAAAGACGGCACUUGAACCGAGUCUCUCGUCGAAAUAAAGCCUGGAGUUUAUAUUCUUAUAUUAGAAGCCACCUUUAUUAUUUUUGGUUUUAUUAUAGACUCACAGAAAAGUCUGCUUUCUCUGUAUUUGAGGCACUUAGGUGUAACUUUUCUCACAUAGUGACUGUAAAUAGUUCAAUUUUAAUUUUUUUUCACUUGAUUUUUAUAAUAAAAUAAAUAUUUAAGUAUAAUUUUUUCAGUCGUAUAAAGCUGUAUUUCUAGAAGCUUUGAGAUUUCUGUGCAUUCCUUUAGAGAAAAUGAUGAAAUCUGUUUAGCAGUGACUUAAAAACCUCAAAAUGUCUCAAAAACUGGAAUUCACACAAAUAUCCUUUUAUAGGUAUCUGCUUGUAAACUAAAAAAAAAAGAUGUUCAAUGGGAUUUGUUAUGGAACAAAAUGAUUCUGACGUACUGUUAGCGAUGUACUAUUUUAGCAGCAAUAAAUAUCUGUUCAUUUA